UUUCCAUUUUGCUAUCAACUGACAGAGAAAGGAGCAGCCAUGUCGUCGGAGGCUGAACAAUGGAAGGCGAAGGGCAAUGCCGCUCUCUCGGCCAAGAACAACGCGGAAGCCAUCGAAUGCUACACGAAAGCGAUUGCGUUGGACGCGUCCAACCACGUGUACUAUUCGAACCGCAGUGCCGCAUACUUAAGCGACGACAACGCUGAAUUGGCGUUGAAGGACGCGGAAAGCUGCAUUGCCGUCAAGGGCGACUGGGGGAAGGGGUACGCGCGCAAGGGCGCUGCCUUGCACUCGCUCAAGCAGUAUGACGAAGCCUUGGCGGCGUACGAAGAAGGGUUGGCGAAGGAGCCCAACAAUUCUGCGUGUGUCGGGGGCUUGGAAGAAGUGAAGAAGGCGAUUGAUACGUCGUCGGGCUCCAACCCUAUGGCCGCCGCGUUUGGCCCGGACAUGUUUGCCAAGCUCGCGACCAACCCGCGCACCCGCGCGUUCCUUCAAGACCCAGACUUUGUGCGCAAGUUGCAAGACGUGCAACAAAACCCCAACAAACUCAACGACUACAUGAGCGACCAGCGCAUGAUGACUGUGUUUGCGGAACUGCUGGGCUUUGGCGGCAUGAUGCGGCCAGACGAAAAAACGUCCGCGUCGGCUGACUUUACGCCGCCUACGCCCAAGCAGGACACCGCGCCCGCGGCGCCUGCGGAAGUGUUUGAGGAGGAGGUGACCGACGAAGAAAAGGCCAUCCGUGCCAACAAGAAGGCCGCGGACGAAGCCAAGGCCCGCGGCAACGCGUUGUACAAGCAGAAGCAGUUCCCCGAAGCCAUUGCCGCCUACGAAGAAGCAUUGUCGAAGGACCCGACCAACAUGUCAUACUUGUCCAACUUGGCCGCGGUCUAUUUGGAGCUCAAGGACUACGACCAGUGCAUUGUCCAGUGCAAGAAAGCCGUGGAGGUGGGUCGGGAAUACCGCGCCGACUAUUCGUUGAUUGCGAAGGCAUAUGUGCGCAUUGCGACGGCAUACAUCAAGCAAGGCGAGACGGAAGAGAACUUGACCAAUGCGAUCGAUGCAUUUGAACAUGCGCAAGUGGAGCACCGCACCAAGGAAGUGGAAGCCAAGGUGAAGGACGCCCAGAAGAAGCUCAAGAAGGCCAAGGAGUUGGCGUACUUGGAUGUGGACAAGGGUCUGGAGGCCAAGAACCUCGGCAACGACUACUUCAAGGCGGCCAACUUCCCCAAGGCAGUCGAAGCGUACUCUGAAGCGAUCAAGCGCGACCCGACCAACGCCGUGUACUAUGCGAACCGCGCGGCGGCGCUGACCAAGCUGACGUCGUUCCCCGACGCCAAGGCGGACUGCGAGAAGGCGCUGUCGCUUGAUCCGACCUACGUCAAGGCGUACAGCCGCAUGGGCGCGAUUCAGUUCUUCAUGAAGGAGUACCACAAAGCCAUGGAGUCGUACCAGAAGGGCCUCGACUUGGACCCGACUAACCAAGAGUGCAAGGAAGGGCUGUACAGCGUGCAGUCGAAGAUCCAGGCCGGGGAAACGGACACGGAACGAGCGGCGCACGGCAUGGCCGAUCCUGAAAUCCAAGCGAUUCUGCGCGACCCGGUGAUGCAAAACGUGCUGAACGACUUCCAGACGGACCCGAAGGCGGCCCAGCGCCAUUUACAAAACGCCGGCGUGAUGGCCAAGAUUGAAAAACUGAUUGCCGCCGGCGUGCUGCAAACCAAGUAGCCGACUAACUAGUAGUACUAGUAGUAGUAUAUGGCAGAUCCUUAACGUUCGUUACUUUGCCCUUUGACGAUUCCCAAUA